GCUUACCGCUACUAACUUGAUUUCCAUUCCAUUUCAAUGUGAAGUAAAGGAAACAAAACCCUUCUCAUCUCUUUCUCUUCUCCUCUGGUACUGAACGAAGGGACAUGGAGAACGAGAAGGAGAAGAACCUCAGUUAACCUCUUCCCUCUCUAUCAUCUACUACUGAGCAAAGCGACAUUGGGAAGGAGAAGGAGAUGAACCCCUCUCAGCCUCACGAGUCUCUAUCUGCUGCUGAAUCAAGCAACGUGGAGAACAAGAAGGAGAAGAAGAACCUCACUCUACCUACCGAGUUGAUCGAUGAAAUUCUGCUUCGGUUACCGGUGAGAUCUCUACUGCGCUUUAGAAGGGUUUGUAAGUCAUGGUUCUCUCUCAUUUCCGAUCCCCAGUUUGCAAAAUCCCAUUUCGACUUAAAUGCUGCACCCACUGAUCGUCUUCUUCUUGGAUUUCUUGAUAAGGAUAGAGAGAGAGUUGAAUCCUUUGAUCUAGCUUCAUCACUUCACGACCGUUCCACUCUCAAAGCCCUCUAUGUCCCACCUCCAUCGGAUUUCUCGAUUCCUUGUAGACACAACCCUUUGUUUUUCUUCGGUUCUUGCAGGGGUUUUCUGCUUUUAGCCUAUGAGAGUACUGGUGAUAUCAUUGUGUGGAAUCCAACAACCGGUUUCCAUAAAGAAAUUCCAGACCGUGGGUUAAUGUUUAUCUAUCUAUGUGGUUUUGGGUAUGACAGCUCGUCCGAUGACUACUUUGUUGUUAUUAUAACACCGUUUAGAACAUACUUUCCUGAAACUGAAAUGCAUUGUUUUUCUUUGAAAACUGGUUCAUGGUGUGACAUUAGGUAUGUUAAUGUUCAUUAUAUGGAGUAUGGACAUGAUUCUAGACGUGGGGUGUUUAUGAAUGGCUCUCUUCAUUGGCUGGUCAUUUAUAAGGAUACAAAGCUUCCUGUAGUUAUUGCCUUUGAUCUGGGGGAAAAGAGUUUAUCGGAGAUUCAUUUGUCAUCUGAAUUAGCAGCGGAGUUGACACGGAAAGUGUAUUAUUUGAGGGUACUGGGAGGAUGUCUCAGUCUGUGUUACGCAGGUGCCAGUGGUGAGACGGCUGAGAUAUGGGUCAUGAAAGAAUAUAAAGUGCAAUCUUCUUGGACCAAGGCUUUUGUUAUCACUAAUUCUUGUGACGUUCCUUGCAAACACUUUUAUCCAAUAUGCUUCAAUGAAGGUAGUGGAGUUGUUGGAACAAAUGGCAGAGGAAGAUUGAUGAAAUUUAAUGCCAAGGGAAAACUGCUUGAGCAUCUCAAAUAUGGUCGGAAGUACAAACAGACUCAAAUGUAUUUUGAAAUGUAUAGAGAGAUGCUGUUUUUCCCUGGUGAGGAUCGAUUCCAUUGUGUAACUGAAGAUGAGGGGAGUGAAGAUGCGGAAGAGGAAACAAUUGAAGAUGAGAAAGCAACUGGAGGUGAGGAAGCGAGAGCAACUGAAGAUGAGUAUGCAACUGAAGAUGAGUAUUACUCUGAAGAGGAGUAUUCAACUGGAGAUGAGUAUGCAACUGAAGAUGAGGAAGAGGAAGCAACUGAAGAUGAUGAUGGAAUUGAAGAAGACGAAACAACUGACGACGAGGAAGAGAACUAAAGAUAACCUACAGUAACUGUCCAAGAAACAAAAAAAACUAGUAUGCAGUUAACACUUAGGUGCCUUUACAAUUCCUGACUUUUAUUAUUUAAUGUGCUGUUCGAUGUUUUCACUUGAAGUUGUGGAGACAUUGCGGUCUUAACCAUAAGGGAGCUUGAAGAUGGGAUUGAGUGAAAGGGUUGAAACUAAUCAAGUUGUGAUAUGAAUUGAUCUUGCGUGUAAUGGAUUUAACCACAUUGUCACAUUGGUCUAGUAUUUGAUUUGAGAAGUUUUUUAUAAUAGUUUCAUGAUAUCCCUAAAGAUGCUUUGUAGUUUGUAUGCCUUUAUGGCAAGUACAGUGCAAUGGAUGAAAAAAAUUAGAAUUUCAACUUA